UAUCUAUAUAUUAAUACGUGAAGCAAAAACUUUGUAAUUCUUUUUACGAAAAUUGCGCGGACGUUGGAGCAUAAAAUUUGGUACACUUAAAGUUUAUGUGUAGGAGAAGUGCAUAGCGCUAAUAUUUUUCAAAAAUAAUGCUUAUAAAGUACAUUAAAUCAAUAAAUAAAACAUUACACACACAUGCAUAAUAUCUGAUCGUAUUUGACAAAACGUCAAAAUCGAUAGACAUUGCGAUGAUAUUCUCACGUCUCAUAUGAAAAGAGUUUUAUAAAAGAGUUUGAGUUAAAUAAAAAUUAUCCUUCAACGUACGUUAAGUGGUAUUGUAAAUUAAAUCAUAUAUGGUCGAAUUUCGGCCAUAGGCGACCACUAGUUUUCCUUUAAUACUUAAUUAGUAUUAUAAUAAACAUUCCGGUUCCGGCUGUGUUAACGUAAAGACGUAGUGAUACGAAGCUCCGGCAAAUCACAAGAAAACCAAGUAAAUACCGUCACAUUCUGUGUAAAAACUCCAAAAACACAAUAAGUUCGCACCAUAGUGCAUCUAAAAUAAAACAUCCGAGUGAAAACGGUGCUAAAAAACCAUAUUAAGUGCAAAAACACCGACGAAGAUUUGAGGUUAACUGUCGAUAACAUUAAUCAAACAACUGACAGCUGACAGUAUUAGAACAGUGUUGCAACAUAAAAUAUUACAAGUCAGUACCAACCUAACCAACAAAGGCUGCGUUCACGCAACUACGUUUCGUUCCACGCAUAACACCGACGCACGAAAAAUGGAUAACCUACAAAAAUUAUUCGACCAAGUAAAAUUGGAAAUGGCAAACCAAACAAAAGAAAUUAUAGCACAGCUAGACGAAAAAUUACAACCCUUUACACGAGAAAUACAAGAUUUGAAAUUAGAAAAUGAAAAAUUGAGAGAAAAAAUAUACUAUCUAGAAAAACAUCAAAGAAUUAACAAUUUAGUCUUAUACGGCAUAGAAGAAAGCGAAAAAUCAAUACAUACCCUCACGGAAAUAGUUAAGAAGAAAUUCAAAGACGAUUUAAAUAUUCUAGUAGAAGACAGAGACAUAAAUAUGAUAUACAGAAUUGGCAAAAUUGAUAAAAAUAACACAAAGGCAAGGCCUAUAAUGGUAUCAUUUGUCAACAACUGGAAAAAGAGCGAUAUUAUGAAAAACAAAAACAAAUUGAAAAACAAUGUCUAUGCUUCCGAAGAUUAUCCGAAGGAAAUUCUUAACAAGAGGAAGGAACUACUGCCUAGACUCAUAGAAGAAAAGAAGAAGGGCAACUAUGUAGUGAUGAACUACGAUAAACUAAUCAUCAAAGAGGGAAGACCAGGGAACGAUAAGCGGAAGAGAGAGAUCUCCACCUCACCAAGUGGAUCGGAGCAGCCUCGUAAACAACAUCUAACAACAAAAACAAAUAGACUCAACGCCUUUGAUUUAAUGAGAAAUAGGAGCAACUCCCUUCCUUUCGGUUCUCACCCACCUGAGCAGAAAGCAUAGGAUAAAAUCAUCAGCCGCCGGAAAAAACCAACAACCAAGGAAAUACUAAACAAAAUCGAAAAUAAAAUAUUCCCCAAGCCGACUGGUCCUCGUGGGGAAUUAGACUACUACCCUCCACAGAACAAUAAUAUAAAAUUUAAAAAAGAGCCAAAUCUAAAAGUAUGCACAUUUAACGUAAGAUCAUUAUCAUCAACGGAAAGAUAUCUUGAACUCACCCACGCCUUAAGAAAUAUCAACUGCGAUAUUGUAGGACUCUCAGAAGUAAGAAGAAUGGGAUGCAAUAUCGAAGAACACCAAGACUACAUUUUCUGCUACAUAGGUCAGACGAAAGGUCUUUAUGGAGUAGGCUUUCUAAUAAAGAAAAAGUAUAAGAAAAAUAUAAAUAACUUCUUAGGAAUAUCGGAAAGAGUAGCACUUCUACAGUUAAAAUUUGAAAGAUUUUCAUUGUCAUUAAUUCAAGCAUAUGCACCCACUGAGAAAUCAUCAGAUGAUGAAAUUGAACAAUUCUACAAUGAAAUGGAAUCUGCACAUGAACUAACUGAUGAUAAAGUAAUAGUAAUGGGAGACUUUAACGCAAAGAUAGGAAUCUCAGAAGCAGAUCACUACCCAACUCUAGGCCAAUAUGGUUACGGAAGGCGAAACGAACGAGGUGACCGUCUUAUUACUUACGCUUUCCAACACAAACUGUCUAUAAUGAACACAUUUUUCAAGAAAAAGCAAAACCGCAGAUGGACUUGGAUAUCACCCGAUCUAAAAACUAAAAAUGAAAUUGAUUAUAUAAUGACAAACAGUCCCAAGCUAAUAAGAAACAUAGAAAUACUGAGUAACGUACAAUUUCCAUCUGAUCAUAGACUAAUGAGGGCCUCAGUACUUCUAGGCCACACACGUAAGAGUAGAAAUAACUUUAAAACACCACUUAAGGUCCCAAAGACGGAAAAAGAAAUUGAAGACUACAGAACAAAGUUACAAACAAAAUUAGGAUCUAUACAAUUGGACGUUAAUGAUAGCCAGACAUAUUACAACCACCUAGAAAAGAGCAUACUGGAAAGUUCGAAGUUGAGGAAUACGGAUCAAGUAGAAGGCCAUAGAAUAUUCAGUCAUGACACGGUUCAACUAAUAAAAAGGCGCACAGAAUUAAUACAUAUUAAAAACAAAACAAAAGAUAUAAAAUCUGAAUUGAGUAGAAUAUACAAAGAAACAAAAAAAUCUAUCAGAAAGGACUACAACAACUAUAGACAUAACAUCAUCACAAGAAACAUAAAACUUUUUAGAAGUACAAAAAGAGCAUACAAGGAGCUGUCAACACACAAAACAUGGAUUCACAAACUAGAGCAAAAGACAGAGACAACGAAUUCAAGAAAAGAUGUCUUAAACCAUGCAACAAAUUUUUAUAAGGAUUUAUAUAGGAAAAGGAACAAUAACGAAAUAGAAAUACAUACUAGCAACUAUUGCGAAGACAUUAAACCAAUUCAAGAUUCAGAAGUUUAUGAACACAUUAAACAGUUAAAAUCAGAAAAAAGUCCCGGUCCGGAUGGAAUCUGCAAUGAAGUUCUCAAAACGGGUGCACCCAUUCUAAUCCACCACUUGACAAGACUGUUUAAUUUAGUAAUGGAUACGGAAAUGGUUCCAAAACAAUGGCGCUCAUCCGACAUAAUUCUACUCUAUAAAAAAGGAAAUCCCUUAGAUGUAGGAAACUACAGACCUAUAAGCCUAUUACCAAGCAUAUACAAGUUAUUCUCAUCAAUAAUGCUAAGAAGAAUAUCUCAAAAUAUUGACGACAAGCAGCCGAAAGAGCAAGCAGGGUUUAGAUCAGGUUAUAGCACAAUGGACCACGUACACACGCUAGAACAAAUAAUAGAAAAGCACCAAGAAUACAAUAGACCCCUAUAUGUGGCCUUCAUUGACUAUAGCAAAGCAUUUGAUAGCAUCAGCCACUGCUCAAUCUGGAAUGCACUGCAAUAUUCAAAUGUCCACCAAAAAUACAUCAACAUCUUAAAACACAUUUAUUCAAAUAGUACAAGCAAAAUUAGACUUGAGACCAGAGGAGAUGAAAUUAAAAUAGAAAGAGGUGUCAGGCAGGGAGACCCGCUGUCACCGAAACUUUUCAUAGCGGUGCUCGAAAACAUAUUCCAGAAGCUAAACUGGGUAAACAAAGGACUCCUAGUAAACGGGAAAUAUUUAAACCACUUAAGAUUUGCUGAUGAUAUAGCUAUAAUAGCUGAGACUCCAAAAGACAUUGAAGAAAUGAUGAGAACACUUGCUCACGAAAGCUCGAAAAUUGGCCUUGAAAUGAAUCUAACUAAAACUAAAAUAAUGACUAACAGUCAAGAGCGACCCAUUACAGUUAAAGGAAAUAGCAUAGAAUAUACUCAAAAGUACUUAUAUCUGGGAAAACAAGUGUCUUUCAACAAAUCCAACAAUGAAGAAGAAAUAACCAGGAGAAUUAACAUGACUUGGAAAAAAUUCUGGUCUCAAAAAGAAAUCCUAAAAGGCGAUUAUGGGUUGCACCUGAAAAAAACUGUGUUCGACACGUGUCUCUUACCAUGCCUACUUUACGCGUGUCAAACUUGGGUGUUCACAAAUAAAGUAAAACUGAAGAUCAAAUGUACCCAAACAGCAAUGGAGAGGAGUAUGCUGAAGAUAAAGAAAAGACACAAAGUGAAAAACGAAAUUAUCAGGAAAAAAACAAAAAUCACUGACGCUCUCGAACACGCACUUACACUAAAAUGGAAGUGGGCAGGACACAUCUCUCGCUACACAGACAAAAGAUGGACUAUAGAGACCACAAGAUGGAAAGGAC